AUGUCUGCCGAAGAUAUCCCAGCGUCCGUAUUAUCAGAUGUUCUAUGGUUAAAAGUGAUCAAUGAAGGUGUGGAAGAUCGUGUGGAAGUUAAUCAACGAAUGUUGAUAGAUAAGAUGCUCGCUCGUUAUUCAUCCGAUUUUGUUGUCUAUCGUGAAUUAAUUCAAAAUUCUGAUGAUGCUCAAGCUACUUCAUUUCACCUCGAAAUUACAUGCGAUACUUCCAGUACUGCUGCAAACUUUGUACAUAUCAGCAAAGAGCAACUAGUCAAUGAUCAACAACAACCGACUAAUGUUUUCGAAGGCAUCGGACAGUUAAUUCGCAAUCAUUGGGGAACUAUUAAAGCGAGUCCGACCUUAGAAAGAAAUGAUCCUCCUCUGUUCAGCACACCCGCCCAUACCUCACCCAUAUCCGAGAUCGACUUUCACAACAGUUUAAUUACUGAAAUUCGCACUGUGAACAAUGGUGCUACUUUUACCGAAGUCGAUUGGAAACGUGUAGCGACGAUUGCUGAAGGGAAUACCAAUGCAGAUGCAAUUGGUCAAUUUGGCGUCGGUUUCUUCUCAGUCUUUGCCUAUUCCGAACGACCAAUGAUUCAAUCUGGUAAACAUUGCAUGGCUUUUGUUUGGCAAAAUGGAAAAUCAUUGACAACAUUUCGUAAAGAACUCUCGAUUGACGAACAAUCGCCAACCACUUCAAUUAUUCUCAAAAUGCGAAAUAAAUACAUUUUGCAGACAAAAUCAACACUGGAAAUGAAUGGAAUGAUCAAGACAGAGAAUAUAAAUGGAAAACUCAAUGGAACAAAGAAAACAAAGAAAAAUGACACAACAAAUGGAAUCGUUCCGACCAUGGAUUUAACUCAACUAAAAGCUUAUUUUACCAAAGGUACAGAAAUAUUUUUUUUCUUUUUUUCUUUUUCUAUUUUCUGUCUUUUUUCGGUAGUACUCUCAUUCACAAAAUAUAUCAAUGAACUUGUCAUUAAAAUCAAUGGUUUGAUCGUAUUUCAAGCGAAUAAAGCUAAGAAAUCAGUACCAUCAACCAAAACAGCAUCGGCCUUUAAAAAACUUUAUUCAACGAACGAACACCAUUUGCUUCGUUUCGAUUCUUUCGUUCAAACUGAACAAACAUUUACUAUUGCUCAUGGGCCAUCGAUUACUCUGAAUCAUGUCGAUGUGCAAGCAUCGGUAGUUAUCGACAAAGAAUUUCACGAUCAAAUUCGACGUGUUCUUAAGAAAAGCCUACCACCUACUGUUCAUAUUCAGCUUUUAUUUCCAUCGAAUAAUAUUCUCGACGAACAAAAUAGGCAUUUGUUGGCAAACGAUGAUCUCAAUAGUCGAAUUCUCAAAUCAUUGAUUCCACUCAAAUUUCAUAAUGAUCAAAUUAUACCCUCCGGUCAAGUAUUUAUCGGUCUCGCUACUCAUCAGUCAACCGGUAUCGGCAUGCAUGUUUUCAGUCAUUUGAUUCCGACUAUUGAACGGGAAAAUCUUGAUCUACAAGAUCCAUACAUUACCAUAUGGAAUGAGGAGCUUCUCGUCUCUAUUGGAAAAAUUGCUCGAUUCGUCUAUAAUCAAGCUAUUCUCGAUGGUGUCAAUACACCAUCACAGGAAACAAAUCAACAUUUCGAUGCGAUUCUGGCGCCGUAUGCCUUUCAAACAUCGGUACCGAACAAAGAAAUUGGUCGCUUACUUGUCGACGGAUUUUUUUCCUCGAAGAAUGAUAUUCUCGUUCCAGUCAAAAGAUCACCAUCCGAACUUCAACUUUCACUUGUCCCAUCUAGUCAAGCCUUUCUAGCCAAUUCCAAAUACAUUCACGCAUUUCUUCCAGUUUCACUCGUUCCAUUUGAUAUUGGCAAAAAUGAUUUUUUCAAAAUAUUGAAAAAACAUCGAUUAAUCGAUGAAAUCGAUCUUGCUACUAUCCUAGCCCAAUUGCACGAAUCCAUUCUGUUAUCGAACGAAUUUAUUGGAUUACUUCGUUGGUUAUGUAGCAAUGAAAUCAACAAUAAAUCUUAUGUAAAAGAAAUUCUUUCCAUAGUCCGUUUUCGUGAAACGAUUCAAUCGCCUAUUAUAAAAUUGGAAAAACUCGAAUUCUACGAUAUUUUCAAUCUUCCCUCUAUUCUUCCUUUACCGUCAAAUGUUUUACCAGCCAAUAUUGCCGGUCAUUUGUCUCGCGAAGAAUUGCAGAAACGAUUAUCAUUGUCAGUAUUGUUAAUUAAAACUCUAGUUCAUUUUUAUCUUCACGAAAAUCAACAACAUCUAUUUCGCAAUGAGAUUACAGCUACGAUUCUGCUCAGUUUCAUUUCACAACGUUGGAAUCAAUUGAAUGAUUCGGAAUGGACUAUAAUCAAAACGAUACUGUCAAAUAUUAGAUGUAUACCGACUAGUCAAGGUAUGAAAUUACCCAACGAAUCGUAUAUUCGCUCGUCGAAUCUAUCGGCCGAUCUAUCGAUUAUUUCACUCUACGUGCCACAAACUACGAUCAAUGAGAAUGGAGCAAAGAAUGACAAUGGGUCGACGGACAAUCCAGUCUCGAUUGAAUUCCUCAAAUAUAUUGGAUGUCGUACGAUCCAUGUACCAACAUUGGCGAAUACGCAAACAACUCAUUCGACUUUACCAUCUGCCAGUCCUCAAACUAUUCAAAUGUUUAUUGAAGAGUUGUUGAAGCAAAGAAAGAAUAUGAGCGAUGGAGAUCUCACUGCUCUAAAACAAAGAACGACGCUAACAUCGAGCAAGGAAGCAGCACGCAAACACGUCCCUUGUGAUCUUCAUUUUCCAUCGGUUGCCAGUCGUCUACAAUGGCCAACUUUGCACAUCAUUGAUUGGUAUGAUAUCGAUCCACAUUCACGUGAAUAUGCUUUUCUCAAAGAGAUUGGCGUUCGUGAAGUACCCGAAUUGUACAAACUUAUUGAUCGCAUUGUUCAAGAACAUAAUGAUGGACCGAAGGCUAGAAACGAAUACAAGCUACCAAUUGCACUUGGUUUUCUGGCUGAAAACUUCCAGUUGUACUAUUCGAAACUUUGGAAAACGGCCAACAUCAGACGCGCCUUCCUUCCAUCCUACUGUCCGGAUGUGAACACGGAAGUAGCACUCUCAACAUCAGACUUCGUUUUCAAAGGCAGUAAUCACUUCGUGAAACCAUCUCAAGUAUUCAUUCGUUCGAAAAGUCCAGCGGUCAUAGUAUCUCAGGAGAACAAUGCUCAACUCGUAGACGAUGCAGACACACGUGGCCUAAUUGACUAUAUUGAUUAUGGAUCCGAGGCUAAUUCAUUUCUUCUCGGCAUCGGUGUCCUUCACUAUCCGUCGGCAGAGAAUCUGGCCAAUUUGCUUAUCGAUCGACAAGCGACUUAUUUUGCCCGUACAAACGAUGACGCAGGCGAAAUAUUAUCGACUAAACUUCGUAUUUACAUCAAUUGUCUCAAACAACUCGCCACCGUGUCUAAUUUGGCACAACAAUUAAAUGCCGAACCACUGAGCAGUCGUCUGAGGGGUAAUCCUUGGUGUGUGGGGUUUCAGACAAUUGACCGAUCGGACGGCGGCAAAGAUCGCAUUUUCAAAAUAGCCAAACCGAGCGAUAUUUAUCUUGAUGAUGACCAUCAAUGUGCUAUUGAUCUUCGGCCACUAUGUGCUCCGGACGAGCCCGAAUUGACUAAAUUAUACGAACGAUUCGGAUCGAAAUGGCUGUCUGAAAGUGUUAAACGUACUUUGGUACAUGGAGGUAAAUAUACUACGACAGAUCGAAGCGGUAAAUUGCGUGAUUUAAUUCACCAUCGUUUAGACAUGUUAUUUGUGAACAAUCGAGGAGAAAGAAUGAGUAAUGUUGAUGGAAAACGUGUCGAGUUACUGCGCACAAAACUUUCCGUCUACGAAGCCGAAGGUAUUCAAUGUCAACUGACAUUUCAAAAUAAGACAGUCACUCUCAAUUCAACUGAAUGUAGUUCGUGUGCACUCGAACACGACAGAAACAAAGUGGCAUUGUACUUGCACAAAGAGCUGCCUGCUUUCGAUUACGUCGACAUCGCUAGUGAACUGACGCGAUUUGUAUUCAAAAAACCACUGGAUGCUGUCGUUCACGCUAUUAGUGAUAAGCUCGCCUCACCCUUGGAAACACUCAAACGAAGGGGCAUUCCUGUAGAUAGAUUGCUAAAGACUAUAGAACAGCAACCGGUUGUACCGACCCUGCAAAUAGAACACACAAAACAAAAUGAGCCGCCAACACAAAAAAUACAGCAGCAGAAUCAACAACAGCAGCAACAGUACCAGCAGCAGAACCAACAACAACCGUACCAGUACCAGCAACAGCAACAGCAGUAUCAACAAUACGAACAGCAGCCUCUACGCGGCCUUUUCCAAAGCUUAAAAGAGUAA